AUGGCAGAAGGUCUCGCCGCCAUUGGUCUCGCCGGAAACAUCAUCCAGUUCAUCUCAUUCAGUUUUGUGCUGCUGUCAAAAUCCAGGGAACUACAUCAGUCCGCAUCAGGCGCUUUGAAUGAGCAUGUCGACCUUACUAUCGUAUCCCAGGACAUCAGUGCUCUCAGUACUAGAAUAACUUCAAACGCAGCCUCGCCAUCGCGACUUUGCGACAUCGCCAAACGCUGCAACAUUAUUGCUGAGGAACUUCUGGAUGCAGUUUCUGAACUGCAGCACAAGCAGAAUGGGACGCGAUCUGCAACAGCAACAACGAGUGACAACCAGAUCCAGCUCAUCGACCUUUUGGAAGACUGGAAAAAGAAAAAUGUGCAGACAGGCUAUGGUAUGACAUCACAAAUACAAGCUUUGGACAGCCAGCUCCAAGCCACCCAGCAGCGCAUCUCGGACCUCCACGGUGAUACUUUCUGGAAGAAACUCCAUGAUCGAUUCUCUCAACUGUCUUCGGAGGUUCAUCGGGCAUCUCAGUGUCAUAUGAUCAUUGCGAGCCUUCGCUAUGAGUGUAUGCAUAUACGACAAAGCGCCAUCAGAGAUGCCCACCAAAGGACCUUUGCCUGGAUGUAUAAUGACAGUGUUCCCGAUACUCGUGUUUCGAACUCGAACAUUCGGUUCGCACACUGGCUGCAAAACGGCAGUGGGAUUUACUGGGUUACAGGAAAGCCAGGUGAGUUCUAG